AGAUUGAUGAAAAACCAUUCUGACGAGAGGUUUAGCGUAAUUGGGAAAGUAGGUGACCCUCGAUAGAAAUUGAAAAUCAAUAAAGUGCGGCGGGUCGGUGGUAUACACGGUAUACACUACGUAGCGCGCGUCACACAUUAUAAUGCAUCUAAAUGUGAGAAGAAGUCACGAAAGUACCGUGAGAUAGUACAAACAUGGGCAGAAGAAAAUCUCACGGAUUGUCUAAAAGUAAACAACACGUUCCCCAUCAAAGGCAAUUAUCCUCAACGAAAAGGAACGAGAUAAAUGCCUUGUGCGAAAAACUGUUUCAUCUUAGCAGUAAUUCAGCGUAUGUGACGCAACUAUGGGACAACUAUAUAGAGAUAUCGUCAGUUUUGGAGAAGGUUAAACAGUUGGAGGAGAUGAAGACAGAGUCGUUAAAGCGGUCCCACGGUAUCGGACAGUUUAUAAAUUGGCUCAGAGAUAGUGGAGCAGGCAUAGAUGGGGCAAGCGUAGCUGAGUUUCCAGGAUAUGAUCUGGGAUUGAAAGCGGAACGUAAUUUCCUUGAGAACGAGUUAAUUUUGAGGAUUCCGAGGGAACUUAUUUUUAGUAUUCAUAAUGCCGCACCGGAAUUAACUUGUCUCCAAAAUGAUCCGCUGAUACAACACAUGCCACAGGUGGCACUAGCAAUUGCACUUCUCAUCGAAAGACACAAAGAAAACUCUAAAUGGAAGCCUUAUUUAGACAUCCUUCCCACAAGUUAUACCACUGUGUUGUACAUGACUGCUGCUGAGAUGAUUGAACUUAAAGGCAGUCCUACAUUAGAGGUUGCCUUAAAACAAUGUAGAAAUAUUGCAAGACAGUAUUCCUAUUUUACUAAGGUGUUUCAAAGCAACAAUAACGUUGUGUCUGCUAUACUCAGGGAUGUUUUUACCUACGAAAGAUACUGCUGGGCAGUUUCCACGAUUAUGACGAGGCAGAACCUAAUCCCCAGCGAGGACGGCUCACGAAUGAUCCACGCUUUGAUCCCGAUGUGGGACAUGUGCAACCACGAGAACGGGAGAAUCACCACCGAUUUCAACGCGACGUUCGACUGCUGCGAAUGUUACGCGCUGCGGAACUUCAAGAAAGGCGACCAAAUAUUCAUUAGCUACGGGCCACGAACGAACUCGGACUUUUUUGUACACUCGGGAUUCGUUUACAUGGACAACAAAGAAGACGGUUUCAAGCUACGUCUCGGAAUCAGUAAAGCCGACUCGCUGCAAAAGGAACGUAUCGAGUUACUGAACAAACUGGACCUACCCUCGGUGGGCGAGUUUCUGUUGAAGCCGGGAACAGAACCGAUCUCCGACUUGCUGCUCGCGUUCCUGAGGGUGUUCAGUAUGCGUAAACAGGAACUGACGCAUUGGCUACGCUCGGACCGUGUGAACGAUCUGAAGCACAUGGAUUGCGCUUUGGAGACCGUCGUCGAGGAGAACGUCAGGAAAUUUCUGCUUACUAGGCUGCAGCUCUUAAUUGCUAACUACCCAACGACUCUGAAGGAGGAUCUGCAGUUGCUCGAGACAUCGUUGCCGCAGAUCAAGAAAUUAGCCAUUCAGCUGAGAGUAACGGAAAAGAAAAUUCUUUUGGCCGCCCUCGAAUACGUGGAACAGUGGAUCAAGGCUUGAAUAAACAAACAUGGAAAAUGGAUUUCUGUUAAGAUUCGAAAGAAAGUCUCUUCUUUUUUUUUUCUUAGCACUAAAAACGGCCUUGUAACGUGUGUGCUGUUUUGGCAUCGGACUUACUAAUUAAACUGAUAUUUUGCUUCUUGACUUUUAUUAGUUAAGAAGCAAACAGGCCUUUCGUCUCUCUGAUCGUGUCGUGAAGGGUACGUCUUGUAUUUAUUCGUGCGCGCUAAUAGCUGCGGGUCAGCGCUCCUACUUAACCCUUUCCUGAACUUGCGAUCGCCGAGUAAAAGAUUCGAUCUAUGUUUGCGGUUUCGAGGCUUCCCGUUUCGUGGCGCUGCUCGCACUCCCUGCAGCGUGAACUCUUGACAUGGUUACCGACGAGGUAUAAGAAUAGUCUUUUCAUCUUCUGGGAAUUGGUGGCCCAUCUAAAAUCUAGUACCGACACCUUAAAAAGCCUGUGAUUAGAAUGACCUCUACCACGGACGAGGUAUAGAAGUAGACAUUUCAUCCAAUGUAUUUUUUCGGCCCACUUUUUUGGGGCGACGUCGCCCCAUUUCCAUUUAAGUGUCACUACCCACCGCAGAUUCACUAUUCUCAUAACGUAGAGGUCGCUCAGAUCACAGGUUUAAGGUGUCGAUACUACAGUUUAGAUGAGCCACCAGCUCUCAUAAGAUGACAAGUCUAUUCUUAUACCUCGACUGUGUUUAUACUAAGGACAUUGAAUUCAUCACUCGAAGUUUUGGAAUCGCUUUAGUUGUUGGUGUAGCAUUAACUUGUAUGACCUCGAUCGUGUCAAGUUCACGCAACGCGUAGAAGUAGUACCGGAUAAGGAAAUGCAGUUUAUACGUAAAACGAUACGGAGGAACAAGCGGCAAACGGUAAAGGGAGCAACACAGUGUACACCGAAGUGUACGAAAACGUUCAACUAAACUAUAUUAUAUGUACGCGUAUUAACAAACCACACAGUGCAAUGUCAAGUAAUUGCGUGUUCCAAAAUAUAUUCACUCUUGUUGUCCAGUAGCGAGAACUUACGAGGAAAAUGCGUAUAUAUACAUAUAUAUGUAUACAUGCUGUUUUUAUCUUCCACAUUGACGUUUCUGGUCAACCUUGGAAUUGUGCGCUGUUCAAGUUAUCCCGACAGACACGACGUAACUUUCAUUUCAGCUUUGAUAAAAAACUGGAGGAAAAAAAGAAAAAAUAGAGAAAAAAAAUAAGAAAAUGUACAAACGAAAUGUUACUACUCAUGAGUAUUUAUUUUUCAAAGAGGAUAUAGUUAAGAGAUCUAAUUCUUUAAUGUAAGCUAUCGUACGGUAUUACACAGGCCUACGAAGAUCACGCGAAUAACUUACGAACAAUUGUAUAUCGUAAAAUUUACCGAUGUAUUUAUCGUAUUGUACCAGUACGCAUAAAAAACAAGUAAGACAAGCAGCGAGCUCCAGAUAUUUGCCAGCCAUUCGAACUUGUAUC